ACUCAAAGCAUGGACACAUGGAAAGCGGAAUAUACUGCUCUCAAAAUUUGGGCUCUCAGCACACAUUUGAACGUCGGUUCAUUCGCAAUGAGAUAAUGAAGGAACAAAUGGAUUCCAUAGUGCGAGAGGGCUUUGACUCCCAUAUCGACCUCGUCUGGAGUACAUCACGAGACCUCGUGGUGGAAUACAGGCUAGCCGAUACUUCGAGUCCCUGAAGGUUCGGUCCGCUGGGGCGCGUAGCUGGGGCCUAUUUUGGACGAAAAAUUGCUUCUGCAAACAUGCCAGGGAGCAGGGAGCUCCACGUGUCCCUGAUACGGCGCAAUUUCCUCGCUUUGUCAAGCCCUCCAAAGGCUAUACGGAC